GUCGCCAGUAGGAAGGACCCCUUGACAGUCCCUCCCCUCGGCCUUUUCCUACAUUACUGCUUCUCCUUGCUCGACCCUGUGCGCUCAGCUCUCGUCACUCGCUGCCCGCUGAGGCCUCGAGGGCCCGGUACUGCAACACCCUCUUGUCCCAGCAAGGGGGCUCCAGAGACUACGCAGCCAGGAAGUCUGGUGGCCUGGGGAUUCGGCGGGACAGUGUCUUGGUAAUGUCCCGGGCUCCAGGAAGAGAUGUCCUUGUGGCUGGAGGCCCCAAUGCCUGAUGUCUCUCCUGACUCUGCAACAGAGUUGUGGAAGACAGAACCUCAAGAUGCAAGAGACCAGGGAGGCAACACUUGCAUCCUCACGGAGGAAGCCAGGACGCCCCAAUCAACUGGGGCUUCAAGGAUAGGGUUGGAGUCAGCAGAGCCUACAGCCCUGCUCCUCAGGGCAGAGACCCUCCCAGAGCCUACAGAGCUUCGUCCACAAAAGCGGAAAAAGGGGCCCGCCCCCAAAAUGCUGGGGAAUGAGCUGUGCAGUGUGUGUGGGGACAAGGCCUCUGGCUUCCAUUACAACGUGCUGAGCUGCGAAGGCUGCAAGGGGUUCUUCCGCCGCAGUGUCAUCAAGGGAGCACGCUACGUUUGCCAUAGCGGCGGCCACUGCCCCAUGGACACCUACAUGAGGCGGAAAUGCCAGGAGUGCCGACUUCGCAAAUGCCGCCAGGCAGGCAUGAGGGAGGAGUGUGUCCUGUCAGAAGAACAGAUCCGCUUGAAGAAACUGAAGCGGCAAGAAGAGGAACAGGCCCAAGCCACAUCGGUGUCCCCAAGGGUUUCCUCACCUCCCCAAGUCCUGCCGCAGCUCAGCCCAGAGCAACUGGGCAUGAUCGAGAAGCUGGUGGCCGCCCAGCAACAAUGCAACCGGCGCUCCUUCUCCGACCGACUGCGAGUCACGCCUUGGCCCAUUGCACCCGACCCUCAGAGCCGGGAAGCCCGCCAGCAGCGCUUUGCCCACUUCACCGAGCUGGCCAUCGUGUCCGUGCAGGAGAUCGUUGACUUUGCCAAACAGCUGCCUGGCUUCCUGCAGCUCAGCAGGGAGGACCAGAUCGCCUUGCUGAAGACCUCUGCGAUCGAGGUGAUGCUUCUGGAGACAUCACGGAGGUACAACCCUGGGAGUGAGAGCAUCACCUUCCUCAAGGAUUUCAGUUACAACCGAGACGACUUUGCCAAAGCAGGACUGCAGGUGGAGUUCAUCAACCCCAUCUUUGAGUUCUCCAGAGCCAUGAAUGAACUGCAACUCAACGAUGCUGAGUUUGCUUUGCUCAUUGCCAUCAGCAUCUUCUCUGCGGACAGACCCAACGUGCAGGACCAGCUCCAAGUAGAGAGGCUGCAGCACACGUAUGUGGAGGCCCUGCACGCCUAUGUCUCCAUCAACCACCCCCACGACCGACUGAUGUUCCCACGGAUGCUAAUGAAGUUGGUGAGCCUCCGGACGCUGAGCAGCGUCCACUCGGAGCAAGUGUUCGCACUUCGCCUGCAGGACAAAAAGCUCCCCCCUCUGCUGUCUGAGAUCUGGGACGUCCACGAGUGACUGUUUCUCCGUGUCCUUUGUUGCCCACAAGGCUGUGGCUUACUGACUGCUUCCUAGGGGUGGAGCAGACUGAGAAGGGCAAACAUUCCUGGGAGCUGGGAGAAGGAGAUCCUUGCAUAGCAUUAAGGGAGAGUCGUCAACGGGGUUGGGUGUUUUGUGGCUGCUGGGCAGUUGGGGACCCACUAAUGUUGUAAACCGUCUGAAGACCUUGUUGACCCAACCAAAUAAACUAUCCGGGAGGGCCACUUUGUGCAGGGUUCUUCAGAGCCCUGCCCAUCCUGCCUCUA